UCGUUUUACGAAUCAGUGAUAUCAACAUGCCUAUUGGACAACAACAGCAAACAGAACCGCAAGAGGAAACUAAACCUCCUGUUGACGAUAAGAAGUAUGAACCACCCUUCGGCACUAUUGACUGGCUCUACCAUUGGGCCCAGUUUGAAGGGCAGAUGCCGACUCCUAUAGACGUGUCGUUAACGGGUUCUAUGACAUAUUUAUGUCCGGAGCUAAAGUGGUACAACUAUGACGUGUAUGCUCACAAAAUAAAGUUGACCAACACAGGUUAUACAAUAUUAUUAGGAGCAAAAUGGAUGACAGAACGUCCAUACCUUGAAGGUGGAUGCUUCAGGGACAAGCACGUGAUAUCGCAGGUCCACUUCCACUGGGGAGCCGACAUGAUGGAGGGUAGUGAGCACACGGUCGACAAGAGACGGUAUCCGGGGGAGAUGCAAGUAACAUACUUCAGGUCCGAAUAUAUGACACAAGAAGAGGCAUUGAAGCACGAAGAUGGUGUCGUGGUUGUUUGCUAUAUGAUAAAGUAUGGAGUAAACCCAGAUGUCCGCUUAGAGCGUAUAAUUGAAGGGUUCCCUCGUUGUCGACCGCCCAAAACCACGACCCGCAUAGGGCCCUACCCCAUGUCGCUCCUAAUGCCAAUGUUUUACGAAGACUACUUCCUUUACUGGGGUCGGUUGGCUACAGUAAAGGGAGACAGCUAUACCGUCAGGUGGCUGGUGCCGAGGGUGACGAUGUUUGCUUCUUUUGAUCAGAUGAAUGAGUUCCGUAAACUUUGGAACCCGUGGGACGAGCCCAACCUCGGCAACUUUAGACCGCUGCAAGAACGUGGCCAACACAUAUGGUGCAUAAAUCCUCAUUGGAACCUUUACAAUUCCACGCUGCCCAUCCCAAGAGUCCCCGAGAGAUCAAUUUCGAUACUUUCAUCGGAAUACAGAACCAAGUGGUGGAUGCUUCCGCCCCAAAAUGAGUAUAUGAUAACAGAAAUGAUAAGUGAACAGGACAAUGCAGAAAAUAAGCAAACUGCUGCGUGACAUACGUAGAAC